UUUGAAAGCAAACCAAGUUUCUAUGCUCUUUCCUACAAAGACUUAAGACUUUGUUUACACUUCUUUAGUCAACUUUAUCAUUUCUUUAUAUCUACAUGAAUCUUGAAUUGCAUUGGCACCAAUAAUAUCAUCAUUGUAAGGAUAAUUCAUAAUUGAAUGGCAUAUACCACUAUAGAUGAAGCCUCUUCAUCUUCUUCUCCUUCCAUCCAAACAUCAAGAUGGACCAACCAUGUUUUCUUGAGUUUUAGAGGUGAGGACACUCGCCAAGGUUUCACUGACCAUCUUUUUGCUUCAUUGGAAAGAAGAGGGAUCAAAACAUUCAAGGAUGAUCAUGAUCUUGAGAGGGGUGAAGUGAUAUCAUAUGAACUCAAUAAAGCCAUUGAAGAGUCUAUGUUUGCUAUCAUCAUUCUCUCACCAAACUAUGCUUCCUCAACAUGGUGUUUGGAUGAGCUAAAAAAGAUUGUUGAGUGCAGUAAGAGUUUUGGUCAAGCUGUUUUUCCAAUCUUCUAUGGUGUUGAUCCAUCUGAUGUCAGGCAUCAGAGAGGAAGCUUUGAUGAAGCUUUUAGAAAACAUGAAGAAAAGUUCCGGAAAGAUAGAACGAAAGUGGAAAGAUGGAGAGAUGCUUUAAGAGAAGUUGCUGGUUACUCUGGUUGGGACUCCAAGGGCCGGCAUGAGGCAUCAUUGGUGGAAACAAUAGUUGAACAUAUUCAGAAAAAAUUGAUUCCUAAAUUGAAGGUUUGCACAGAUAACCUUGUUGGAAUUGACUCGCGGAUAAAGGAAGUAUAUUCGCUACUAGCAAUGGACUUAAACAACGUUCGCUUCAUAGGCAUAUGGGGCAUGGGUGGCAUUGGAAAGACAACUAUUGCUAGAUUAGUCUAUGAAGCGAUCAAAAACGAGUUCAAGGUUAGUUGCUUUCUUGCAAACAUUAGAGAAACAGUUUCUAAGACAGAUAACUUAGCUCAUAUCCAAAUGGAACUUCUUUCUCAUCUUAAUAUAAGAAGCAAUGAUUUUUACAAUGUUCAUGAUGGCAAAAAGAUAUUAGCAAAUUCUUUCAACAAUAAAAAGGUUCUUCUUGUUCUUGAUGAUGUGAGCGAAUUAAGCCAAUUGGAGAAUUUAGCUGGGAAGCAAGAAUGGUUUGGUCCAGGAAGUAGAGUUAUAAUCACAAGUAGAGAUAAGCACUUGUUAAUGACACAUGGAGUGCAUGAAACUUAUAAGGCUAAAGGCUUAGUAAAAAAUGAAGCACUUAAGCUCUUCUGUUUGAAAGCCUUUAAAGAAAUUCAACCUAAAGAAGAGUAUUUGAGCUUGUGCAAAGAAGUGGUUGAAUAUACAAGAGGUCUUCCAUUAGCACUUGAGGUAUUAGGUUCACAUCUUCAUGGAAGAACUGUUGAGGUUUGGCAUAGUGCUUUAGAACAAAUAAGAAGUGGUCCUCACUACAAAAUCCAUGAUACAUUGAAAAUAAGCUAUGAUAGUUUACAAUCUAUGGAGAAAAAUUUGUUUCUAGAUAUUGCAUGUUUCUUCAAAGGAAUGGACAUAGAUGAAGUAAUAGAAAUUUUAGAAGGUUGUGGUUAUCAUCCCAAAAUUGGAAUUGACAUUUUGAUUGAAAGAUCUUUGGCAACUUUGGAUAGGGGGGACAAUAAGUUGUGGAUGCAUGAUUUGCUUCAAGAAAUGGGAAGGAAUAUUGUGUUUGAAGAAUCUCCAAAUGAUCCUGGAAAACGCAGUAGGUUAUGGUCUCAAAAAGACGUUGAUCAAGUAUUGAGACAAAAUAAGGGAACUGAUAAAAUUCAAGGCAUAGCUAUGGACUUAGUUCAACCAUAUGAAGCAAGCUGGAAGAUUGAAGCCUUCUCGAAAAUAAGUCAGCUAAGGUUACUCAAAUUAUGUGAAAUAAAACUUCCCCUUGGCUUAAACCGUUUCCCUAGUUCACUAAGAGUUCUUGAUUGGAGUGGUUGUCCUUUGAGAACCCUGCCACUCACUAAUCAUUUGGUUGAAAUUGUUGCCAUCAAAUUGUAUCGUAGCAAAAUAGAACAACUUUGGCAUGGAACACAGUUUCUUGAAAAUCUGAAGUCCAUCAACUUGAGCUUUUCGAAGUCUCUAAAGAGAUCGCCCGACUUUGUUGGUGUACCAAAUCUUGAAUUCCUGGUUCUUGAAGGUUGUACAAGCUUAACUGAGAUUCAUCCUUCCCUUUUAAGCCACAAGAAACUUGCUCUACUGAAUUUGAAAGACUGCAAAAGACUAAAAACACUUCCAUGUAAAAUAGAGAUGAGUUCUUUGAAGGGUUUAAGUCUUUCUGGUUGCUGUGAAUUUAAACAUCUUCCAGAGUUUGACGAAACUAUGGAAAAUCUAUCAAAGCUUUCUUUAGAGGAGACUGCUAUAAAAAAACUUCCAUCUUCGCUUGGAUUUCUUGUAUCCCUUCUUAGCCUGGAUUUAGAAAAUUGCAAGAACCUUGUUUGUCUUCCAAAUACAGUAAGUGAAUUGAAGUCCCUCUUAAUUCUGAAUGUUUCUGGCUGCUCAAAGCUCCAUAGUUUUCCAGAAGGUUUAAAGGAAAUGAAGUCUUUGGAGGAACUUUUUGCAAAUGAAACUUCUAUUGAAGAACUACCUUCAUCGGUUUUUUUCCUAGAAAACCUCAAAGUAAUAUCAUUUGCUGGUUGCAAAGGACCGGUUACUAAGUCGGUGAAUACAUUUUUGCUACCAUUUACACAAUUUCUAGGUACUCCACAAGAACCUAAUGGAUUUAGAUUGCCGCCAAAAUUAUGUCUGCCUUCAUUGAGGAAUUUAAAUUUAAGUUACUGCAAUCUAUCUGAAGAAUCAAUGCCAAAAGAUUUUUCCAACUUAUCUUCCUUGGUUGUUUUAAAUCUCUCUGGAAACAAUUUUGUUAGGCCACCAAGUAGCAUUUCGAAACUUCCAAAGCUUGAAUAUCUUAGGCUAAACUGUUGUGAAAUGCUUCAGAAGUUUCCAGAAUUCCCAUCAAGUAUGAGGUUAUUAGAUGCAAGUAAUUGUGCUUCAUUGGAAACUUCCAAAUUCAAUCUAUCUAGACCAUGCAGUCUCUUUGCAUCGCAGAUACAACGACACUCGCAUUUGCCCAGAUUACUGAAGAGCUAUGUUGAGGCACAAGAACAUGGUCUACCUAAAGCAAGAUUUGACAUGCUUAUCACAGGGAGCGAAAUUCCCUCAUGGUUUACACCUUCAAAAUAUGUUUCUGUUACAAAUAUGUCAGUCCCUCAUAAUUGUCCUCCAACUGAAUGGAUGGGAUUUGCUUUGUGUUUCAUGCUGGUGAGUUUUGCUGAACCACCUGAGUUGUGUCAUCAUGAAGUAAGUUGUUACUUGUUUGGACCAAAGGGUAAAUUGUUUAUCAGAUCCAGGGAUUUACCUCCUAUGGAACCGUAUGUCCGUCACCUCUAUAUUCUCUAUCUGACCAUCGAUGAAUGUCGGGAAAGAUUUGAUGAAGGUGGUGACUGCAGUGAAAUUGAGUUUGUCUUGAAAACUUAUUGUUGUGAUGAAUUACAAGUAGUGAGGUGUGGUUGUCGUUUGGUAUUUAAGCAAGAUGUUGAAGAUAUCUACCGAAAUUAUUACUAGGCUUUCACAUUAUACCUCUAGUUUAGUCCUUGACAAUAUUGUCAUGCUAAUGAUGUUAUAGGAUUUAGGUUGUGUGCAGUGUGACUGCACGUAGUCAGCCACAUCUGGACCGUCUGAUGAUUUCAAUGUAGAUUUUGAUAUAUUUUGAAUCUAAAAUAUCGAGUUUGUAAUUUGAACUGUUUGAUCUUUGAUCAGACGGUUUAGAUAUGGCUGACUGUACACAGUCAUAGGGUUGUGUUGUGACUGCACACAACCUAGAUCCGAUGUUAUGUGACUUACACACAAAUUUUCAUGGAAUUAGUUGUGAGUCUUACAUGUGCUACAUAAACUUAUAAUUCUCCAUUUUGUAUA